GCAAUGAGUCGGUCAGUAUUCGUUGAGAUAUAAAGAGCGAACAACAUUAGGUCCUAAGUUCUCAGUUCUAACAGCUCGGCGGCUUUGGAAGUGCCAAGACAAAUCGACAAUUCAUCAAUUGCUCUUGCAUCUUUUCAUCUUCGGAGAUAAUGAAGACCAUUUAUCAGUUGUUUCUCAAAGUAUUUUUUAUUAUUUGUUUUGAACGACAUUUUACCACAGUGUGGUCAAUUGGCUUGCAGAGUAUUUCCAAUAAGCAAAGCGCAGGGCUUCUGUUUGGUCAAAGUGAUCCAAUAUGUUAUACAUACACAGAUUUGACUUUACCCCAGCGUCAAAUCUGCCAAAGUGAUCAAAAGUUAAUGGCAAGUGUGAUUGAUGGUGUUACAUUAGGAAAAGACGAGUGUAAAAGGUUGUUUAAAAAUAACCGUUGGAACUGCGCUGACAUUAACCAAGGCGCAACGGCCCUAGGUCACAUGCGAAAAGCUGCAACAAAAGAAGUUGCUUUUCAUAGUGCUAUUAUUGCAGCUGGUAUUGUUCAUACUGUGGCAAGAAAUUGCAUGAGAGGAGAUCUCUCAAGUUGUAAAUGCAGUCGAGCAAGUCGGCCCCAAAGUUUACUUGCCAAUUAUCAAUGGGGAGGAUGUGGAGAUAAUAUUCAGUAUGGAGAUAAAUUUACCAAGAAUUUUUUCCGUGAUAACCGACUUCUUACUAUUAAUGGAAGUAGCGAAAGCAAGUUGGCUGCAAAGCUUCUCAUGGACGAUCAUAAUAUUGAAGUGGGAAGAUUGGCCGUGGUUAACAACAAAAAGAUCGUUUGUAAAUGCAUCGGUGCAACUUUUCAAUGUCCUGUAAAAACUUGUUGGUACCAAGUUCAAGAUUUUAAGCUCACUGGUCGAAUUUUAAAAAAGAAAUAUCCCAAGGCAAAGAAAGCUACACUUUCAAGAAAGAAUAACGGGAAAAAAGUGACUUUAAGAAUAAAACAAAACGAUUUAACAAGUCACAAACUUGACCUAGUUUUCACGGAAGAUUCGCCAUCGUACUGCAGCUCAAGAAUGAACAUCAACACAAUGGGAACAGUCGGUCGAACUUGUGACCCAAACGGAAAUGGUCCUGGUAGUUGCGACCGUUUGUGUUGCGGUAGAGGACACAAUACUGAAAGUCGAGUUAUCAAAAAAACAUGUCAUUGUAAGUUUACUUUUUGCUGUGAGGUAAAAUGUCAAGUAUGUAAAAAACGAAUGAGGGUAACGGUUUGUCGUUGAUAAACAACAUCCAACGAUAAAUAAUAUUGUCAUUGGGUGUUCUAGUACGUGUUAUAUAUAUAUAUUAUAUGUACUUCUAUUUGGAUUAUGGAAUUAAUUUCAACUUUUGAAAAGAGAGCAUCGUCGUCCUAAACGAUAAAAUCGUAAACAAACGAAAUAUUGUCAAAUAUUGAUAUAUUUAUGUAUAUUAUGCUAUUAGUUAUCGAAAUUUGCUAAUUGCAAAUUUUUCAAUGUCAAUUUUUAUAAACACUGGCGAUCUGUAACACUAUGGAAAAAGCAUAACUUUAUAAAUUAUGCAUUAUAUAUACAUUGAAGAUGUAGUAAUUAUUCAUCUUGAAAAUAUUCAGUAAAAUUAAAUGCAAAAUCAGAACUUUUUUAAUAAUACAAUGACUGUAUUUAAAAAUAUAACAUGAUAGAAUACAAAAAACCAAUGGAAAUAUUUCAAAACACUUUUAAAUAAAACGAUCGACUCUUGUCGUAAUAGCUAUA